UUAUAUACCGACAUGCUUAUGAAUUCUGAAGCUUGAUUUAUUUUUUUGGAGAAGUUCAUGAGUAUCGUGUUGACAGAAUUCAAAUCAAAAUAACCAAAUCAUCUGAUUCUUGAAAUUUUAAACAACACUAAAAUUGAAAAUAUUGGACUGAAUAUUUUAUAUGGCGUCGGCAUCAGCUGAAGAAUUUGACGUUACUGCAGAAAAUGAUAAAAAAGAGAAAUCUGAAUUAGAAGGACUUGAAUUUUUUCCGGAAAGAAGGGGUGAUAAAAUAUCUCGAAGUUGGUUUCGAUCCCUCUUUUUUGGUGAAACACGAGAUAAUUUGCAAAAGAUUAAAUGUGAAAGAAAUAUUCACAACGUUAUGGGGGAAAGCCCCUUAAUAAGGUUAAUGAUUGAUGCCCUGAGAGCCUCUGGUUGUGAAGUGAAUUUGAAUCGCCAUAUAUCAUGUGAGCCGUGUAGCAAAAUUGUUACUGGUGGUUAUGAUGCUGAAAUGAAUCAAAUUGUAAUAUGCCAGAAUACUGCAAGAACCAAAUCUGCAGUGCAGGGAGCUUUAGCUCAUGAAAUGGUUCACAUGUUUGAUUUUUGUCGGGCUAAUCUGGACUUCAAGAAUUUUGAUCACUUGCUUUGCACUGAGAUCCGAGCUGCAAAUCUUAUGCACUGUUCCUUUUUAAGUGCUAUGGUUAUGGGUACAGCUUCAUUAAUGCGCAUAAAAAGGCAGCAUCAGGAGUGUGUUAAAAGAAAAGCUCUAGCUUCAGCCGUAGCUGUUAGAAAUGUUUCUCAAGAGGAGAGUAAAGCAGCGCUAGACAGAGUAUUUACAAAAUGUUAUAAUGAUUUAGAGCCCCUAGGUAGGCGUUUAAGAAGAAAUUCCCAUGAUAUGGAUAGAGUUUAUAGAGAAAGGUAUCUCUAUGGAUAUGGCCAUGCAUAGAUUAAAUAAUAAAUUAAAUUAUUCAGUUUUUUAAUAGAGAUAAGACAUUUUUAUAUAGAGUCAUUUUUAUAGACUUAAAAUAAAUCCAUUGCAAAGUG